AUGGAGCGAGCGGCAAGGGAGGCGCGGCGUGAAGCUGCAGAGAAGCAGCGAGCUGAACAAGCCCUUGCGGAGGAAGAAUCACGCCAAUUGGAAGAGAUGCGCAGACGUAAUUCAGAGCGACAGUCAGCUGGCGUUGCUGACAGGCAAAGCGCUAACAUUGCACAACAACAAGCAGCUGAGGCUGCUGCUCAACGCCAGACCCGACCAUCGCAAGAGCGAGCCCAGGCUCAUCAAAGGAUACCUAGCCGCACGCAACCCGCGCAAGCCCCUCCACCAACGGCAACGACACCUCAGCAGCCACCAUCACAAGCCUACCUUGCCCAAGGAUCCGCCGCGCAACAACGACGAGUGUCCGAGCCUCGGCCGACAGAAUCUGCGCCCGCGGUGACUGAGCCUGCUAAGCCACGCAAUUCCUUUCCCCACGCGUUUGAGCGAUGGGAAACGCUGUCGGCGCAUUGGGAGGGCCUCACUAGCUACUGGAUUCGCAAACUCGAACAGAACAAGGACGACGUGAACAGAGACCCUCUUAGCCAACAACUGGCUCGCCAAGUCACCGACUUGUCUGCGGCUGGUGCCAACCUUUUUCACGCCGUCGUCGAACUGCAACGUCUUCGAGCAAGCUCUGAGCGCAAGUUUCAGCGAUGGUUCUUCGAAACCCGGUCCGAGCUCGAGCGCGCCCAAGAAGUGAAUGCACUCCUCGAAAAAGCCCUUGAAAAGGAACGGCGAGAACGAUCAGAUGCCAUCCGCGAUGCAGUCGAUAAUGAACGUGGCGUCUCCAAAACGCAGAAACAGCUUCAAGAAAUGCGCAAAGAGCUUGCCAUCUCAAAAGAAGAAGCUCGUCGCGCCUGGGAAGAGCUCGGUCGACGUGAGCAAGAAGAACGUGAUCGCACACUUUCUCUGCAAUCUGGUCAUCCUACCAUUGUCGGCGGCGUCCAGGUUGUUCCCAUGACGCAGAGCCACGCUGCUAGACAAUCAAGUUCCAGAGACCCGGGACCCUACCAAUCUACCGACACGAGCCGCACGCCGACUGAACACCGCCCGUCGGCCGCUCCCGCUCACGCUGGUGGUUACUACGCCCAGCCCGAAGGUUCCGGCAGUAGCCACCGUGGUGCAGCCGCUCCAGUAACACAAGAGGAGCCCGACUAUCGCGAGAAUGAGUAUGUAUUGGAUGCGCAAGGGCAACCAAUUCUUGACGUGCACGGAAAGAAGAUACCUUACUUGGCGCCACCAUCCACUUAUUCGGGCUCUGAGCACGAUGCAGAAGAGUACGAGACCCCCGCAACUACCAACCCACCCAGCGGCAGCCACGAGCCGCCGGCCUCUGGCGCGCAGGCCGGGGGCGGCACCCACAACGAUCAGUGGACAGGCGCUUACUCCAACCCACAGGACUACUCGGGCGAGGGCUACGGCGCGCCAGGCUGGGAGACGGUACAGCGACACCACCACCCCACACGACUGAGCGAUGUGAUCGAAGAAGAUGAGCGAAGCCGCGCGAGCACGAGCCAGAGAAGCCGAGUCUAG